UCUAGCUCUCCUUGCGAUUGAAUGGCUGUGAAGAGACCACAGCAAGAACAGAGCAAACUUAAAACUGGCAAAGCUUUCCUUCUCUCUCAAGUUUUAGCCUUGCUCUUCAGAUAAAGAUUGCAUUUGUCAAGGAAUGUUUCCAAUUUUAUGUCAAUUUGUAGAAGCUGCAGUCAGUUCAGAACUGAAGUCAGUGGGCACUUCUCUGUCAAUUUUGUGUAAAAAUGCAAGCUUUAAGUAUCUGGCCAUUAAAUGUUGGCUCUUUGGUAGUGCCCCAUUUGGAUUUUGAGCUUGGUUCUUCUUGUUUUGCAUCUACUAAACCUAGCAGCAGAAAAAAAUGGAGUCUUGCUGAGAGUAGAGGUCCUAGUUUCUUAUUACUUUCAAGCUAUUCAAGGUUUAGUCGGAGUGGGACUUGUUAUAGGAACUUGAAUUGUAGCUUGAGAUGUGGAUUUCUCUGUUGGUACUCUGAAUUGAAAGUUGUUCUCUUUUGUGAGCCAAAGAGAGGUUCUUCUCGUGGGUUGGUUGCAUUAGCUUGGGCAUUGGAGCAGCAAGAAAUUGGGAAUGAACUUGAGAGAGAAGAAUCACAUUCAAGGGAUGGUGAUAAUGGCAGUGAAGAUAAAAAUGAGGAAAUGGAUGCUAGUAGUGAGGGGGAAGUUGAGUUGGAGGAGAGUGCAAGGCUUGAUGUUCGAGCAUUGGCUUCUAGUUUACAGUUUGCUAAAACUGCAGAUGACAUAGAAAAGGUUCUUAAAGAUAUGGAUGAGUUGCCCCUUCAGGUACAUUCAAGCAUGAUUAAAGGUUUUGGGAGGGACAAUUACAUGGAUGCUGCAAUGGCUCUUGUUGAGUGGCUCAAAAGAAAGAAGAAUGAAAGUGGUGGUAGUGUUGGCCCUAACCUUUUUAUAUACAACAGCUUAUUGGGUGCUGUGAAACACUCUAAACAAUUUAGGGAAAUGGAGAAAAUCUUGAAGGAUAUGGAAGAGGAGGGGGUUAUUCCUAAUAUUGUUACUUACAAUGUUUUGAUGGCUAUUUUUUUAGAGCAAGGAGAAGCUACAAAGGCCCUUAAUGUUCUUGAAGAAAUUCAGGAAAAGGGCUUCAGUCCAUCACCAGUGUCCUAUUCUACUGCCUUGUUGGCUUAUCGAAGAAUGGAAGAUGGAAAUGGAGCACUGAAGUUCUUUAUUGAAUUAAGAGAAAAAUAUGUGAAAGGAGACAUAGGAAAAGAUGCUGAUGAAAAUUGGGAAUACGAAUUUGUUAAGCUUGAGAAUUUCACAGUUCGCAUUUGCCAACAAGUCAUGCGACGAUGGCUUGUUAAGGAUGAAAACUUAAGUACCAAUGUGCUGAAACUCCUGAGAGAUAUGGACAAUGCUGGGCUUAAACUUAGUAAGGAAGAUUAUGAGCGUAUUAUAUGGGCUUGUACCUGUGAAGAACAUUAUGUCGUUGCCAAAGAACUGUACAGCAGGAUUAGAGAAAGGCAUUCUGAAAUAAGCUUAUCUGUGUGUAACCAUCUGAUUUGGCUAAUGGGGAAGGCUAAGAAGUGGUGGGCUGCUUUGGAGGUUUAUGAGGAAUUAUUGGACAAAGGACCAAGUCCUAAUAACUUGUCAUAUGAAUUGGUCAUGUCUCACUUUAAUAUAUUACUUACAGCAGCCAGGAAAAGAGGAAUAUGGAGAUGGGGUGUUAGGUUGCUUAAUAAGAUGGAAGACAAAGGCCUUAAACCCGGCAGUAGGGAGUGGAAUGCAGUGCUUGUGGCAUGUUCCAAGGCUUCAGAAACUACUGCUGCUGUGCAGAUAUUUAGGAGAAUGGUGGAGCAAGGAGAAAAGCCCACCAUCAUCUCAUAUGGUGCAUUGCUCAGUGCCCUUGAAAAGGGUAAACUCUAUGAUGAGGCCCUCAGGGUGUGGGAUCAUAUGAUAAAGGUUGGUGUUAAACCCAACUUGUAUGCCUACACAAUCAUGGCUUCAAUUGUCACUGGAAAAGGAAAUUUUAGAAUGGUUAAUGCAGUCUUUCAAGAGAUGGCAUCAUCUGGCAUUGAGCCAACAGUUGUCACAUACAAUGCAAUUAUUAGUGGUUGUGCUCGGAGUGGCAUGAGCAGCGCAGCAUAUGAAUGGUUUCACCGGAUGAAAGUCCAGAACAUCUCACCAAAUGAGAUCACUUAUCAGAUGCUGAUUGAGGCUCUGGCAAAGGAUGGUAAACCAAGGCUUGCGUAUGAGUUGUACUUGAGAGCUCAUAAUGAGGGCCUUAACCUCUCCUCAAAGGCUUAUGAUGCUGUUGUGCAGUCAUCUCAAGUCUAUGGAGCAACUACUGACUUAAGUGUUUUGGGACCCAGGCCACCGGACAAGAAGAAGAAAGUUCAAAUUAGGAAAACUUUGACUGAAUUCUGUAACUUAGCCGAUGUUCCUCGAAGAAGUAAACCAUUUGAUAGGAAGGAAAUUUACAUCCCAAAGAAAGGAGGAGACCAAUAAGCAUUUAGCUACCGUCUACAACUGAAACUUUUACAUGCUUGUACAUUUGGAUUAUUAGCUUUAAAAACCAGAAUGAAAUACAGCAAUUUACAGCUCCUAUUUGCAUUAAGAAAA